AUGGCGCUUCUCUUCCCGGCCUACACCUCGGCUCCUGAUUUGAUCUGGGUCAGAAUGAACGACACAUCGAUAAGCGUUGACCUGGACCACCCAGAGCUUGCUCAGCUGUCGGUGGAAUGCGGUCCUGAUCCCUGGGGUAGCGCCUCUUCGAUUCUCUGCAACGACUUGCUCUUCAUGCAGGACACCAAGCUCGGCCACGCCCUGACCCUCAUCUCACCUGUAGGCGAAACAACCGAGGGCCUCGAGGGCAAGUGGCUCAACAGAAGCGUACGGCGGUACGCGCCACCCCACCACCUCUACCCUUGGCAAGGUCCCUUGAUCUUCGUAAGCUGGCAUGUCGACGAGGACGCACAGCUCCAGAAGCUGUGCGAUAUCUCGAUGCGGGACUACCACCACGCUAUCAAAGUCUUACUUGAAUGGCACGCAAAUCCUUGUGUUCUGAACCCUUCUCGGUUUGGCCCAACCAUCGCCCAUACCAUCGCCAACGCCCAGGAGCCACAGACAGCUCCGAAGACGAAGUCCAUGAAGAAGAGGGCGCAGAGGAAGAAGGCUCAAGCCCGGAGGAAACUUGAAGCUGCUCAAGCCACUGAGGCAAAGGCUGUGGCUGCGGAGGAAGACGCUUUUCUCGCCGCGACUCGUAUCCCUUUACCUGAGAGUCCUGUGUCAGAAGCUUCUCAGGACGAUACCGCCGCCCCUGAGGAUAAGGAUGAGCACACUGAUUGUUCGGUCACUCUUGAUGCUGACUCUGAAGUGGAAACCAUGGUUCAAGACGGCGGAGCUCCUCAAGACAUGAGCAAGAUGAGGCCAGCCAGCUCCGAGCUCGGCACAAAGAUUCUGCAUCCCGAGCCCGACUUGCAUGAAUAUUCACAGCACUUGCUUCCAGAGAAGCAAGACAACGCCAAGUUUGGGGUUCAUGCGACGGAGCCCUGCAUUCAUGAGGAUAGCAAGAACAACAAAGGCACUCGGACGGAAGCUCACAAUUGCUCAGACGAAGAGCGCAAUGAUGCCGGUCAUCCCGAGCCCGAGCUCACCUGUAAUGACGAGACCGAUACCUCUUCCCCAGGGGAGGUUUCAUCGCAUAUUGAUCAUGAACAGCCCGGUCCUCAUACAGAGGAUGAGGUCCACGAGGUACCUUCGCAGGGACCGACACCGAGGGACCUCAACAAGACAUGUCAGGCCAGUACCAUCGAUACGUCAUGCUAUACCAUGUCGGAGGAAUCCAGCUUCAGCUCCACCAUAGCGGACGACGACAACGACGACGAUGACGAUACCGAGACGAGCACCGGACGACAGCAGAAAGGACCGAAAGACAAGAAGGAUGCUCAGCUUCAUGAGUUGAUGAUACUUUUCGAAAAAAGAGCAAUGAGGAGAUUUGAUGAACUUACCGAAAUGGUGAACGACCUUUCGAGGAAGGUUGAUGUUCUUCAGAAAGGUCCUGCCAAAGAGGCCUCACCGGACGAGGCGAGCGAGCCGCUGGACGAGCCUGCCAAGCGCUUGCCAGCCUAG